AUGGCUGGAUCUGGAUCUGGAGGCGAGGUGAGAGCGCCAAUCUUCAAUGGAAAUAAUUAUGAGUUUUGGAGCAUAAAGAUGAGAACCAUCUUCAGGUCUCAUGGAUUAUGGGAUCUGGUUGAAAAGGGCUUAGAGUGGUCAGAUUCGAAGGGAGCUGAUGAAUCUGGUGAAAAGAAGAAGGAAAAGGAAGAAUCAAAGGGAGCUGGUGAAUCUGCUGAGCAGAAGAUGAAAAGAGAUGUUUCAAGUGGUUCUGAAACAGAGAAGCUGAUGAAAGAUGCAAAGGCAUUGGGGCUGAUUCAAGGGGCAGUAUCUGAUGAGAUUUUUCCCCGGAUCUCUCAUGAAGAAACUUCUAAAGGAGCUUGGGAUCUCUUGAUGCAGGAAUUUCGAGGUGACAAACAGGUAAGAAGUGUGAAAUUACAGAGUCUGCGUAGGGAGUUUGAGUACACUAGAAUGAGAGAUGAUGAAUCCUUGUCUGUCUAUAUUACCAAACUAUUUGAUGUGAUUAAUCAAAUGCGUAGCUAUGGAGAAAUACUGCCUAAAGAAAGAGUAGUACAGAAAUUGUUGAUUAGCCUACCAUCUGCUUAUGAUUCUAUCUGCUCAGUUAUUGAACACUCAAGAGACUUGAAUGAGAUUGAGGUGCAGGAGGUUGUAGCCUCACUAAAGAGUUUUGAGUUGAGAUUAGAUAGACACUCUGAAAACAAAACAGAGAAGGCAUUUGCUAGCCUUAGUGUGGAUGCUAAAUCGGUUAAAACUGGAGAUCAGAACAAUAAGCAACAUAAGAAUUGGAAGUCCAAAGGCAAGAAAUGGGAUAACAAGACAAGUGAAGGCACUAAAACUCCCUGCAAGCACUGUGGAAAAGAGGACUUGUUGGUGGAUAUUGACAGAAAGGUGACUGCAAAGGUUGAAAUGGGAACUGGACAGCUUGUAGAUGUAACUGGAAAGGGCACUCUUGUGGUUGAAACCAAAGUAGGCAAGAGAUAUAUCAAAGAAAUAAUGCUGGUACCUGGACUGAAAGAGAACUUACUCAGUGUGGGUCAGAUGAUAGAGCAUGGCUACUAUUUGGUAUUUGGAGAUCACAAGGUGGAAAUCUACAAUGACAGCUCUUAUUCAAAUCUGGUUGCAAAGGUACAAAUGAGAGGUAAUAGAAGCUUUCCCUUGAAACUGCAGGCUGAAAUGCACUUAGCUUAUAGAGCAAGUGUAGAUCAUUCCACUGAACUUUGGCAUAGAAGAUUUGGACAUCUCAAUAUGAGUAGUCUGAAAUUGUUGAAAGAAGAAGAUAUGGUAGUAGGACUACCAGAAAUUAAAGGGAUUAAAGAGGUGUGUGAGGGGUGUGUUCUAGGCAAGCAGUGUAGAGAAGCAUUUCCAAAAGAGGCUACCACUAGAGCACUAACUCCACUAGAACUCAUUCACAGUGACAUCUGUGGUCCUAUGCAGACAGUUACCAAAGCUGGAAAUCGGUUUUUUCUCACUUUCAUAGACGAUUGCACAAGGAUGUGUUGGGUUUAUUUCUUAAGACACAAGUCUGAAGCUCUAACUGUGUUUAAGAAAUUCAAGGCCACUGUGGAAUUGCAAAGUGGUUAUAAACUGAAAAAGUUGAGAAGUGAUAGAGGGGGAGAAUACACUUCAGUGGAGUUUGACAGUUUCUGUGAAGAUGUAGGAAUUGAAAGACAGCUUACAACCCCAUACACACCACAACAAAAUGGUGUGGCAGAGAGAAAAAAUAGAACCAUAGUAGAAAUGGCCAAGUGUUUGAUGUUGGAGAAGAAAAUUCCAUUUGAUUUUUGGGCUGAGGCAGUCAACAUAUCUGUGUAUAUUUUGAAUAGGUGUCCAACUAAAGCUUUGAGCAAAAAGACACCAUUUGAAGCCUAUAGUGGAAGGAAGCCAGGGAUUAAGCAUCUAAAGGUAUUUGGCUCACUAUGUUAUGCUCAUGUACCAAAACAACAAAGACAGAAAUUAGAUCUUGCAAGCAAGAGGUGUAUCUUCUUGGGGUAUGGCAACUGUGAGAAAGGUUACAGGCUGUACAACAUUGAAACUGAGAAGGUGAUUGUUUCAAGAGAUGUAAUAUUUAAUGAAAAUGAGUGUUGGGAUUGGAAUGCAAAGAAGGAAACUAGUGUGAACAUUCAGCUCACUGGAAUCCGAGAAGAAGCACAAGGAGAAGAAGGGAGUUCUUGUGAACUUGAAGAACAAUUGGAAGUGAAUGAGGUGCCUAGUUUAAACACUGAAAACAAUGAUCAAGAAAUGGUCAUAGGUCUGCAGGAUGUUGAUCAUACUCCUCUCAAAUACAAGAGCAUUGCAGAAAUUUAUGAAAAAUGCAAUAUGUGCAUUAUAGAACCAGAAAGUUUUGAAGAGGCAGCCAAGGAUGACUCUUGGAAGAAAGCAAUGGAAGAUGAAAUCACCAUGAUUGAAAAGAACAAUACAUGGGAGCUUGUAGCUAGACCAUUUGAUAAACCAAUCAUUGGAGUCAAAUGGGUCUAUAAGACUAAACUAAACCUAGAUGGAUCUGUGCAGAAGAAUAAGGCUCGGCUGGUUGCAAAGGGAUAUUCUCAAAAGCCUGGAAUAGACUUCAAUGAGACCUUUGCACCAGUGGCUCGUCUUGACACUGUGAGAGCUUUGGUAGCAUUGGCUGCACAGAAAAAUUGGAAGCUUUUCCAGUUAGAUGUGAAAUCUGCCUUUCUCAAUGGAGUACUAAGUGAAGAGGUGUAUGUGGAUCAACCAUCUGGUUUUGUGAUUCAAGGAAGUGAAGAUAAGGUGUAUAGGCUUAAGAAGGCUUUGUAUGGCUUGAAGCAAGCUCCAAGAGCUUGGUAUGAAGAGAUAAAUUCCUAUUUUACUAGAGCUGGUUUUCAUAGGAGCUUAAGUGAAGCUACCUUAUACACUAAAAGGUCUUCAAGUGGUAUUCUCAUUGUGUCACUCUAUGUAGAUGACAUUAUCUAUACAGGAAGCUCAAAGGAGAUGAUGCUUGAAUUUAAGGAUGAGAUGAUGAGACAAUAUGAAAUGACAGACCUUGGAUUGCUUCAUCAUUUUCUCGGCCUUGGGGUUUUACAAACAGACACUUGCAUUUUCUUGCAUCAGAAGAAAUAUGCAAAGACUUUGCUAGACAAGUUUGGACUCAAGGACUGCAAAUCGGUUGCAACACCAUUGGCAGUGAAUGAAAAGUUGUCUAAAGUGGAUGGGAGUGACCUAGCAGAUGAGACUUUGUAUAGACAAAUGGUAGGAAGCUUGCUCUACCUAACUGCAACAAGACCAGACAUUAUGUUUGCAUCUAGUCUUUUGGCCAGAUUUAUGCACAAUCCUACCAAGAAGCACAUGGGAACAGCGAAAAGGGUGCUAAGAUAUAUACAAGGUACUAUAAGCUAUGGCAUUGCUUAUGAGAAAGGAAAAGGAGCUGUGUUAAUUGGCUAUUGUGACAGCGAUUGGAGUGGUAGCGAAGAUGAUAUGCGGAGCACAUCAGGCUAUGCAUUUAAUUUGGGGUCAGGAGUGUUUUCUUGGGCCUCAAUUAAGCAGAGCAGUGUGGCUCUCUCCACUGCAGAGGCAGAAUACAUGAGCGCAGCAGAGGCAACCACUCAAGCUGUUUGGCUCAGAUUUGUGCUAUCAGAUUUUGGUGAAGAACAGGUAGAACCAACUCAGUUGUUGUGUGACAACACUUCGGCUAUUGCUAUAUCAAAGAAUCCUGUUCAUCAUCACAAAACUAGACACAUCAAUCGCAGCCGUUGGAUAACAGUCCAACUGUGCAGUCAGGAUGUAACUGUGCAUGCCAGAUGGAGAGUCAACUGGGUCCGAGAAAAUCAAGGCCACCGACGAGUUCCAGGAGUAAAGCAAUUGCGCGAACAAGCCACUCUUCGUGGAAUUUCGGCAACUGGGUCUAAAAAAGAACUGCUGGAGAGGCUUUCUGAAGAUUCAGAUGACAUUCCUCUAGGUGGAGCUAAUGAAGAUGGAAAUGGCAGCAAGGAGAAGAUCGUAACUGCUACCAAAAAGGGUGCAGCGGGUGAUGAUGUAUAUGAUGCCAUGUUGAACCAGACAAAUGUUGGUUACAACAAUAACAAGUUCUAUGUGAUUCAAGUUCUUGAAUCUGAUGCUGGUGGUACUUUCAUGGUUUACUAUAGAUGGGGGAGAGUAGGUGUUAAGGGUCAAAACAAGAUACAAGGCCCUUACACAUCCCGUGACAUCAAUGAGUUUAAACAGAAAUUCUAUGACAAAACCAAGAAUGAUUGGUCCAAUCGUAAAAUGUUCGAGUCUUUCCCGCACCACUAUAUGUGGAUAGAAAUGGACUACAACGAAGAGGAAAAACAAUUGUCUGUACAAGAAAAGAAUGACUCUGCUUUAAGAGGUCAACCUCUGGAAACACCACUUGAGCCUCGCAUCGCAAAGUUUAUAUCUCUUAUAUGCAACAUCAGCAUGAUGAAGCAGCAUAUGAUGGAAAUAGGAUACAAUGCUGAUAAGUUACCUCUUGGUAAGCUAGUGCUACUGCACACAUUCUACAGCAAAGCUCACUGUCUCUCUGCCAUGACUUCCUCUGCAACUACUCUCUCUCAGAACUCCUUCUCGUCCUUCUCUCGGUUCCCACAGACCUUGAGAAGAAACCCUCUUCAUCUUUUGUCCAUUAAAGCUGUCAAAGCUGCAGAACCUGAUAAGACCGAGAAACUCAAACAAACUAAAACCCAAGAGUCUACAAAUGCUACUCAACCUUCAACCACCACAGCUUCUAAGCCUCCCAAGAAGCCUGUUUAUUCCAUGAAGAAGGGUCAGAUUGUGAGGGUGGAGAAAGAGAAGUAUCUUAAUAGUGUUAAUUAUCUAUCUGUUGGGCAUCCACCUUAUUACAAAGGGUUAGAUUAUAUUUAUGAAGACCGCGGUGAGGUACUGGAUUUACGCAUUUUUGAGACUGGUGAAUAUGCACUCGUAGCUUGGGUUGGGGUACCUACUGCGCCAGCAUGGCUUCCAACAGAGAUGCUUAUCAAGUCAGAGAAACUCAAUUAUGAGAGACUGUAA